AUGAAACACAUCGGUCCCUACUGUAGAAAUAUGGCAUUUAAAGGUUGUUGGCUUAAAGAAAAAGUUACCAUUGACCUCAACUUUCCCAACGUACCAUAUUACAUGGAUGGUUCAAUAAAACUAACCCAGAGCAUAGCCAUUAUGCGAUACUUGGCCCGAAAGCACGGAUUGGUGGCCACAGACGAGAUUGAAAUCAUACGUCAAGAUCUGUUGGAACAACAGUUGACUGAUAUUAGGCUUGAGUUUUUUGGCCUUUUGAGAAGCGAAGAUUAUAACACUGAAAGAGUUGAAUACAUUGCAAAAACACUGCCCCAACGAUUGGACAGUUUGUCCCGGUUUUUGGGUACUCGUCAGUGGUUUACCGGUAAUCACAUUAAUUAUGUAGACUUUAUGGCGUAUGAGUUUAUUGAUUGGUUCCGAGUCUUUAGUCCCGAAACUGUCGAUAAGUACCAGAAUUUGAUUCAAAUGUUAACCCGUUUUGAGAGUUUACCUACGAUUAAAACAUAUAUGGAAUUACCGGAGUUUAUAACCUGGCCACUCCUCCCACCACAAUUUCAGUGGGGGUUCAAAAAGUAA